GCUUAAAAUAUAAAAAAUAACGCAGAAAAGUUAAAGUGAAAACGGGAAAGUUUGAACAAGUAGAAAAAAAAACACGCGUCAAAAAUUAUUUUAGCUUAACACAAAAAGAAAAUAUAUAAUUAAAAUAAAAUAAGCAACUAAAAAGAAAACAAAUACUUUUAAACCGAAAAAAUUGCACUUUAGCAUCAUGGAUGUCUCACAACCACCACCCCAACUAACGGCCCCCUCACAUUUGGCCAUGAACACCAGUAUACCACCACCCAUGCCCGGAUCUCAUGGUAAUCAUUUUAGGCCUCAUUACCAUCAUGGACAUCAUGGUGGUAAUAAACCCUAUUUCAAAACCUUCAAUACGGGCGGCUUCCAGCGUCCGUUUCAAAUGACACAAGAUGAUUUUGAUGGCAAACGUUUACGUAAAAGUGUAAUGCGUAAAACUGUGGACUAUAAUGCGGCGAUAGUGAAAAAAUUAGAGGCCCGUCUAUGGCAAAGGGAUUCACGUGAUCGUUUUGCCUUGCAACCGGAAAGUAUUUAUGUUCCGGAACUUUUACCACCCAGUAGUUAUUUGGACAAUCCUUCUAAUGCUAUUACCACCAGAUUUGUUAAAACUGCCACCAAUAAAAUGCGUUGUCCCAUUUUCACAUUGGCUUGGACACCCGAAGGUAGACGUUUGGUUACCGGCGCCAGUUCGGGUGAAUUUACUUUGUGGAAUGGUUUAACUUUUAAUUUCGAGACUAUAUUACAAGCUCACGAUACCUCAGUGCGCACAAUGGUCUGGUCUCACAAUGACAGUUGGAUGGUGACAGGCGAUCAUGGUGGUUACGUUAAAUACUGGCAAUCGAAUAUGAACAAUGUGAAAAUGUUUCAGGCCCACAAGGAAGCAAUUAGGGGAAUAAGUUUUAGUCCGACUGAUAGUAAAUUUGUUAGCUGCAGUGAUGAUGGUACUUUGCGGAUAUUUGAUUUUCUUAGAUGUCAGGAGGAGAGAGUAUUAAGGGGCCAUGGUGCUGAUGUCAAAUGUGUUCACUGGCAUCCUCAAAAGGGUCUCAUCGUAUCGGGUAGUAAAGAUAAUCAGCAACCCAUAAAACUAUGGGAUCCUAAAAGUGGUCAAGCUUUAGCAACACUGCAUGCCCACAAAUCUACGGUUAUGGACUUGAAAUGGAAUGAUAAUGGCAAUUGGUUGGUAACUGCCUCCAGAGAUCAUUUACUUAAACUAUUCGAUUUGAGAAAUCUAAAAGAAGAGGCCCAAGUAUUUAGGGGCCAUAAAAAAGAAGCCAGUUCAGUGUCGUGGCAUCCAGUGCAUGAGGGUUUAUUCUGUUCGGGAGGUUCAGAUGGUUCGAUAUUAUUUUGGAAUGUGGGAACCGACAAAGAAAUUGGCUGUGUGGAGACGGCACAUGACAGCAUAGUCUGGACUUUGGCUUGGCAUCCUUUGGGUCAUAUAUUGUGCUCGGGCUCUAAUGAUCAUACCAUUAAAUUCUGGACCCGUAAUCGACCGGGUGAUCUGAUGAGAGAUAAAUACAAUUUGAAUACUUUACCCGCGAGUUUGGCUGCUUUGGAUGAUUGCGAAUAUGAUGAUGCCAUCAUACCCGGCAUGGGUCCCGAGGAUAAGGUAGAGUUUACCGAAAGUUUAACAGCCGACAAAGGUUUUAUACCCGGUCUCGAAUUGGAUCCCUCCACCAUUGUUAACAAAGAUCAAGAGAAAAAGGUGCCCUACAGCAAACCUAUACCGCGUAACUUUCAAGCCCAAUGGGCGGGUUCUAGAAGACCCGAUGAAAUGGAAGACGAUGCUAUGUAUGCUCCACGUGAUAGGCGUCUAGAUGCGGGUGGCCUAACGCCUCAGCAGGUCAGUGAGAAUGCUAUCGAAGGUAUGCUCGCCAGUGGUGUUUUAACUACCAUGGAUCCUCAGGCCAUAGUGGGUAUUUUGGUUUAUGAACGUUUCAUACGUGUGCACCCAGACUCAAGACUUAUGUUGGCCGUACGUCAGGGACCCGAUUAUCUCAAUAAAUACAUAGAUGCCGGCAAACUGGAGGAACUGAGAGAUGUUGUGCCAGUGCGUGAGAGAUCACGUUCUGUUUCUCCCACUUUAGAGCGCAGAGAUGCCUCACCACCGUCGAAAAAAUCCAGAAUGGAUGGGCGGCAACAUUAUCCACAAGCGGUAUUUGUUAAAGAAUUGUUAAGUUUGAAAAAACCCUUCCUGCCUUGUUUACUCAAUAUGAAACAACAGCUGCAGCAGCAACAACAACCCUCACCAAAUGAUGAAAUGAGAAACUCACCCCAAGCCAAUAACAAUCAAGGACCGGGUGGCAAUUUCCCAGGUCCCUGGGCGAUUAAUAAUAAUAAUAAUGGUCCUUGGAAUGCGCCACAAAAUGGAGGAAAUCCAAAUGGUUUUCAAAACAAUUCCAAUAAUUACAAUAACAAUAAUAAUAAUGCACGCAACGACAGUCCAUCAUUUAAUAAUCAAACGAAUUCCAAAGGUGAUAUGUUUCCCAAUAACAACAACAACAACAGUAGCAACAACAAUAACAAUCAAAACUCCAACAAUAAUAGCAACCAAAACAAUAACAGACGCAAUCGCAAUCGAGGUGGCAAUCGUAGUGGUGGCAACGAGGGAGGAGGUGGUGGCGGUGGUGGCCGUAAUCGCGGCAACCGUAAUAGACGUUUUUAAAGCUAAAUAGCAAAACUACUGUUUAAACUGUUUAACUACAAACUAAAUUUAAGUCAUCCAGCCAUUACCAAUUCCAUGUUUCCUUUUUAAUUUCUCCCUUUCAAUUUUUAAAUGAUUUUGAAUUUGGUUUUAUCUUUAGUUUCCAAUUUUAUAUCACAUUAAUCUGGUUUUAAUUUUAAACUUUUGCAUGAAACUAAAAAGAGUUAUUACGUUGCUUUAACAUUAAUUUUCAAAACAAGAAUUAAGUAAUUUCAUUUUUUUUGAGGUUAAGUUAGAUGCUGUUUUUAAAGGACACUUAGAAUUUGUAAAGUUAAUAUAAUAAUAAAACAAAAAUAAAUAAAACAAACCGAAAAAAACUAUUAAAGAAAAUUAUAUACAUAUAAAAAAGAACAACAAUAAGUUUAAUAAAAAAAACACUGUAAAUGUUAAUUUUUAAAAA